UGGAGCCAGAGUCCGGUCCACUAGUCUCUAGGACCGGUUCUGGCUGCUGCGAAAAGCCAUCUUUGCAUUGUCCGGGUGCCGGCUUCCUGCUCGCCGCAGCCACCUCCCCGCACGCCGCCGCCGCCGCCGCGGACUCCGCAGCUUGACCGCCAGGGUCCCCGAACCCGCGCUUGCGUGGCUGCCCCCUGCAUCGCCGGCGCGCCCCACCAUGGCCGACGCUCCCGUGGACACCAGCGCCGAGACCACCUCUGAGGACUUAAAGGAGAAGGAAGUUGUGGAGGAGGCAGAGAAUGGACAAGACGCCCCUGCCAAUGGGAACGCUGAGAACGAGGAAAAUGGGGAGCAAGAGGCUGACAAUGAGGUAGAUGAAGAAGAGAAAGAAGGUGGGGAGGAAGAGGAAGAAGGUGAUGGUGAAGAAGAGGAUGGAGAUGAAGAUGAGGAAGCUGAGGCUGCCACAGGCAAACGGGCAGCUGAAGAUGAUGAGAGCAAUUUUUGUGAAACCAUGGAUAAGUCAAAAAUUCGUGUUAUUUUUGAAUAUGAGUUCCGUCAUGGAACCAAUGCUUCACAGACAGCUCGAAAUAUAAAUGAAGUGUUUGGGAAGGAUGUGGCCAACGAACGCACAGCUUCUUCACUGCUGGCAUAA